AUGUCCAAUCAUUUCGUUUUCAACUCGCCACCAGGCCCUCAAUCACCCCGAUCUCCCAUGGCCUCUACAUUCCACACCAACACCCAAACACUCCCCUCCAUCGGCCCGCGUAUCCCCACCGUCGGCCCCCGUGCCCGCGACCUCCACUACUCCAUCCGCGACUUCCUCUCCGCCCACCCACUCCUCGAGCUCGGUGGCCAAGAACACUUCACCGUCGAGCGACGCCGCCAUCAAGAGGUAUUUGGCAUCCACGCCCUACCCAAGGACAGGAUCCAUCCGAUUGACGACGUCGAGUUUACCGCCAUCCGGGGGCCCCAUGGGACGAUCCCCAUUCGCGUUCUCUACCCGAGUUCGGGGAAGGACAACAGAAACAAGGGAAGGGCUGGGGCGUUAAUAUACUUUCAUGGAGGCGGGUACACAGUUGGCUCAGUGGAUGAGUUUGAGAAUGGACUGCGCUUGGUCGCGGAGGAGUCAGGGUGCCAGGUCUACGCGGUGGAGUACAGACUGGCGCCGGAGUUCAAGUACCCGGUGCAAUUGGAUGAGUAUUCGGCGGUGAUCGACUGGGUGCAGGUUUUGGGAGGAGGGGAUUCAGCGGGCGGGAACAUGACGGCGGCCAUUUGUUUGAGGAGGAUGGAUGAAGGGCGAAAGCCGUUGGCUGGGCAGGUGUUGCUGUAUCCGGAGGCGAGGCUGCCCUUUGAUACGCCCGCGGCAACGGAGAUCAAUUCCAGUCUAUACCUCGAAUGCAACGGCAUCUUUGGCUUUGCGAGUAACUACCUGCCGCGGUCUGAAGACAUCUCCCCUCACGACCGUUACAUCUCCCCCGGUAUGCAAUCCGUCGAAGACCUCCGUGGUCAACCACCCGCUGCCGUGUUCACCUCCGGCUACGACCCCCUACGAGACGUCGGCUGCGAAUACGCAAACAAGCUGUCACAGGCUGGAGUACAGACUCGCUGGCGUCACUACGACAACCUCACACAUGGCUGGCUUCAGAUGACGGCGUGGUCGGAAGCGGCAGAGCAGGCUGUCAAGGAUGUUGCGCAGGAGGUCAAGAGGCUAGUUUUUGCGGCCAGUAAUACACACACACCCAGGACGCCCCAGGGCCAGAGUCAGACAUGGAACAGUGGUGAUAUCAAGUUUGCGGGUUCGAGAUGA